AUGAGGGUAGCCGCCUCAACCCUUCUGCUCGGCGCCGCAUCGGCCGCCAGCUUCCAGCAGCAUGCCCAGCAUGUCCUCGGUGACCUCACUGACAGCUUCGACUCUGCGAAGCCCGUCUCCGAGUCCUGGUCCAAGCCGCUGAAGAACCUCCAGGAUGUCUUCGGCAGCAUGACCGCCGAGGCCAAGGCCUUGUGGGACGAGAUCUCUCUGCUGGUCCCCGACAUUGCUGAGCAGGCCACCUUCUUCUCAAGCCCCAAGAAGAACCACCGCAAGCCUGACCAUACUUGGGACUACGUUGUCAAGGGUGCUGAUGUUCAGGGCGCUUGGGUGAAGGAUGCCGAGGGCAACAGCCACCGUAAGGUUGGUGGCAACCUCGAGACCUACAGUCUGCGUGCCAAGUCCGUCGACCCAUCCAAGCUUGGUGUCGAUAAAGUCAAGCAGUAUAGUGGAUACCUUGACGAUGAUGAGAAUGACAAGCACUUGUUCUACUGGUUCUUCGAGUCAAGAAACGACCCCAAGAACGAUCCGGUCGUCUUGUGGCUGAACGGUGGCCCGGGUUGCUCUUCUCUCACCGGCCUUUUCUUUGAGCUUGGCCCUUCCUCGAUCAAUAAGAAGGUUGAGCUGGUCUACAACGACUUCGCUUGGAACGCCAACGCUUCGGUCAUCUUCCUUGACCAACCCGUCAAUGUCGGCUACUCCUACUCUGGCUCGUCAGUCAGCAACACGGUCGCGGCCGGCAAGGACGUCUACGCCCUGCUGACUCUCUUCUUCACCCAAUUCCCCGAGUACGCCGAGCAGGACUUCCACAUUGCUGGCGAGUCUUACGCUGGACACUACAUUCCCGUCUUCGCCUCUGAGAUUCUGUCCCAUAAGAACCGCAACAUCAAUCUCAAGUCGGUGCUGAUUGGCAACGGUUUGACUGAUGGCCUGACUCAGUACGAGUACUACCGUCCCAUGGCCUGUGGUGAGGGUGGCUAUCCCGCAGUGUUGGAUGAGGGUGAGUGUCAAUCCAUGGACAACUCCCUGCCUCGUUGCCAGUCCCUCAUCGAGAACUGCUACGAGAGCGGCAGCGUCUGGAGCUGCGUGCCUGCAUCCAUCUACUGCAACAAUGCUUUGAUUGGCCCCUACCAGCGCACUGGUCAGAAUGUCUACGAUAUCCGUGGCAAGUGCGAGGAUAGCGGCAACCUUUGCUAUCCCCAGCUUGGCUACAUCACCAAGUUCCUGAACGACAAGGACGUCAUGGCGGAGCUCGGCGUUGAGGUCGACAGUUACGACAGCUGCAACUUCGAUAUCAACCGUAACUUCUUGUUCCAGGGAGACUGGAUGCAGCCCUUCCACCGCCUCGUCCCUAAGCUUCUCGAGCAGAUCCCCGUCCUGAUCUACGCUGGCGAUGCCGAUUACAUUUGCAACUGGCUCGGAAACCAGGGCUGGACCGAGGCUCUCGAGUGGCCGGGCAAGAAGGACUUCAACCGUGCUGAUAUCGAGAGCCUGACCUUACCUGGCGCUAGCAGCAAGGACGAGUACGGUAAGGUCAAGGCCAGCGGUAACUUCUCCUUCAUCCGUAUCUACGGUGCUGGACAUAUGGUCCCGUACGACCAGCCUGAGCCGUCCCUGGACUUCUUCAACAGGUGGCUCGGUGGUGAGUGGCUUGCUUAA